CGCGCCGCCACCGCCGCCGCCGCCGCCGCGUCACCUGCCGGCCUGAGAGUGGGGACCAUGGAUGAAAGGUUCAACAAGUGGCUGCUCACGCCUUUGCUCACCCUGCUGUUCGUGGUCAUCAUGUAUCAGUACGUGUCCCCGUCCUGCACCAACUCCUGCGCCAACUUCGCCGAGCAGCCCCGUUCCCGAGAGGCCCGGCCCCCGGCCGUCCCGAGUCCCGCCCGCCGCGUCCAGGUGCCAGCCGAGGACGAGUGGCAGCGGCGACCCCAGCUGCCCCCGCCGCCCCGGGGACCUCCGGACGGGCCUCGAGGGGUCAUGGUCCCCGAGGAAGAGGAGGACGAUGAGGAGCCCGGGGACCCAGAAGAAGACGACGAGGAGGAAGAGGAGGAAGAGGAGCCGGACCCCGAGACACCCGAAAACGGCUCGCUGCCCCGGUUUGUCCCGCGUUUCAACUUCACCCUGAAGGACCUGACCCGCUUCGUGGACUUCAACAUCAAAGGGCGCGACGUGAUCGUGUUCCUGCACAUCCAGAAGACCGGGGGCACCACGUUCGGCCGGCACCUGGUGAAGAACAUCCGGCUGGAGCAGCCGUGCAGCUGCAAAGCCGGCCAGAAGAAAUGCACCUGCCACCGGCCAGGCAAGAAGGAGACGUGGCUCUUCUCGCGCUUCUCCACCGGCUGGAGCUGCGGGCUGCACGCCGACUGGACCGAACUCACCAACUGCGUGCCGGCCAUCAUGGAGAAGAAGGACUGUCCUCGCAACCACAGUCACACCAGAAACUUCUACUACAUCACAAUGUUGCGGGACCCCGUGUCGCGUUAUCUGAGCGAGUGGAAACACGUCCAGAGAGGUGCCACGUGGAAGACCUCUCUCCACAUGUGUGAUGGAAGAAGUCCCACUCCGGAUGAGCUGCCCACCUGCUACCCCGGGGACGACUGGUCCGGGGUCAGCUUGCGGGAGUUCAUGGACUGCAGCUACAACCUGGCCAACAACCGGCAGGUGCGCAUGCUGGCCGACCUCAGCCUGGUGGGUUGCUACAAUUUGACUUUCAUGAACGAGAGCGAGAGGAAUGCUAUCCUGCUGCAGAGCGCCAAGAACAACCUGAAGAACAUGGCCUUCUUUGGCCUCACCGAGUUCCAGAGGAAGACGCAGUUUCUCUUUGAGAGGACAUUCAACCUCAAGUUCAUCUCCCCCUUCACGCAGUUCAACAUCACAAGGGCUUCCAACGUGGACAUCAACGAGGGCGCCCGCCAGCGCAUCGAGGAGCUGAACUUCCUGGACAUGCAGCUCUACCGGUACGCGAAGGAUCUCUUCCAGCAGCGUUACCAGCGCACCAAACACCUGGAGCGGCAGAGGGACCGCCAAAUGCGCCGCGAGGAGCGCAGGCUGCAGCGGGGACACAGGGCCCACCGGUGGCCCAGGCAGGAUGGGACCACAGAGGGGACAGUUACCGAAGACUACAACAGCCAGGUGGUGAGAUGGUGACCCCGCUGCCCGCUGCCUCUUUCUCUUGAUGGGCAGAAGAGCAAGCGCCUUGACUUUCUUAUCACAUGACCUUGGAGAAGCUCUAGCUACGUGUUGGCUUGAUUUGGAUGUCUGCUUCGUCUUCGUUUUAAUCCAGACGGAGAUCAUACAUGUUAUUCUUUUUUCUUUUUUUCUUUUUUUUUGAUUGUUUGUUUCUUGACUUUUUUUUUUUUUCAAUCAACAAUAUUAAGUGGGAUAAGACAGUAUCAAACAUAGACCAGCUUAGAAGGUCAGGAGAGAAGCAGCGUGGAAGAAAACCAGGUCAGGUCCCUGGGAUAUUUGGAGCAUCCCAGGAGACCUUUUAGGAACCACGGGGAAAAAGUUCAGCUAUGCCUUGACUGCUCUGUUCAUAAGGUCCUGUUUCAUCCAAUGGAAACAUGAGCAUGUUUCCUUCAAGGAGAAAAGGACCCUUCUGCCCUUAGAUGAGUUCUGAUUCCAACUCUCACUUGGCUGUUGAAUUUUUGAACUGCUCAAAUAAGGUUUAAAUCACUAGUAAUGUGAUUUGCUCCUGAAGUCGUUUUAAAUCAAAAUUAUUGUGUGACUGUCAGUUAACUAGAGCCCCAUAUCCUACAAACUCUGGUAUCAGAGCCCUAAGCCAUGUGACACCCCAUCUUUGAGGGAGAAAAGUGGGAACUGGAGGGGGGGUGGUCCUGAGACAUGAGCACUUUGGGGACUUUUAGGAGAAACUUGCUUAUUUACUAAUAACUAAGGAGAUUGCAUUUUAUCAGCUUUAAUAUUCCUGAUGAAGAAUGAAUGAAAAAUUAAAAGAAAGAAAGAAAGAAAGAAAGAAAGAAAGAAAGAAAGAAAAAAAAACAGCAGAAAAACUCUUUUUAUAAGAUUUCCAGACCAGCCACAGAAUCAUGGUUCUUAAUGUCAGACUUUAACCUUUCUUCAACAAUGACCUUCUUCAUAUGAUACUGUCAGGUUUGAAAUUUGACUAUCACAGAAGGAAAGAUAUUCUAAAAGAAUUUGUUUUAAAGAACAGAAGCUGAGCUAACACACAAAAUCCAUUCAAGGUCAGUACAUGGAUGGUAACAGAUUGGGGCUAGGGACACCACUCAUGGGAUGGUUAUCUUAGGAGCUCAGAUGGAUUCCCUAGUUCCACAGCUUUGAAUCUCUCUGGCCUGAUAACUUAUCUUCUCACAUAAUCAUUACCUGCCUUUAGACUCUGGCUAUAGCCAGAAAAUCAGGCUAACAUGUACAAAACUGGACAAAAUAAUGUGCCGCACUGCCAAGGGCUCCUUAUUUUAUUUAUUUAUUUAUUUUUGCUGUUUCCAAGUCACAACUACAAUCACACAGUGUAUUGAUUAUCAAGGGAAGGAAUAUGGUGGAGGGCAUAAAAAGCCUUUGUCUCACAACCAGUUAGAAGAUCAGAGUGGGUAGAAAGUUUCACAACACACUGAUAUGAUCAAUCCCUUCAAGGAGCUGAAGGCAGAAGGAGUGAGACCUCUAAAUCAGAUUGGAAAGCCUAUUUCAUUGAUGUCUAACAUGUUUGAUGUUUAAGCCAGCUUUACGUAAGUCACUUCUCAGCCUCCAGAAUGCUCCCUGGAGGUUGAGAGUCAAUCAACCCCCAGAAUUUGUGGAGUGGUUGAUGCAGAGGGGGGACCAGUGCUCGUGCUAAUGCCAGUGGAGAAUCCAGUCAUGUUCCUGUCGCUACCCUUGACAUGAGCCUUUGACAAGGAACAGCAUGAUUGGGUGGUGUCCUUGUGAUAUGACCUGAGAAAAGUCCUUGAUACACCUUAAAUAUAUUCUGUAUAACAAGGUAGGUAGAUAGUGUUAUCCCAUCUUUACAAGUGAGAAAAAAGAACAAGGCAUGGUGGCCAGCCUCCUUGCGGAGUAUAAGGGGAGCCUAGCAGUUUACAAAGCACAAAAUCUUGACUUCAACCUGCUGCCACAUGAGAUAAGGGUGUAAGUUGACUAAAGCUUCCUGCCAAUCAUGCAAGAAGCCAGCUCAUGUUGCUCUGGAGUAUUUUCCCCUGACCCAUGGAAGUACUACACGUGGGACAGCACUAUCCUUAGAGUGACUCAGAGGCCAAAACCCUAGGGGUGAGGCCCCUCUACAUCAUCGACUCACCAAGAAGCUAAAGAGGUGAACUGCUUAGGUAGCUGUCAUUAUUGAUCCAAGAGUGAAUUAGAAAGAGCCAGGUUAAUAUGGCUUGUUAGCCAUCACAACUGAGGACUCACAGAACCUUGGCAUGCAGCACACUUAGGUGGGCAGCUAUUUUUCAAUCUGCACAUUUUACUAGUGGGUCUAAAGAGCUACCAGAAAUCGAAGGCUAAAAAUGAUCUUCACUGUGAUAAGCAUGCACACAUGUGCACGUGUGUGUGUGUAAAAUCAAAGCAAGCUAGAAGGAAUCUGGACUACUUUCGAAAUCACUUUACAUUUUUGGCAGGGAAUUGGUGCAUAGCUUGGACUUGGAGGUAACCCCAACUAACUUCAUACUCUUCCUCAGGCAUCUUGGGGUUUGCAUCAAAAGGCUUUCUGCAGAGGGCAUGAUGUGUAAUGCUCCACUUGAGACCAGAUAGCAGGACAUGCAGAGGAGAGCCAUCUCUCUGUGUUGGCCCCAGGCCAGUGUUGAGCAAAUUACAAACAGCGACAUGGGCUUCCUCCCUCAUAUUAUUCCUUUCUGAAGCGGCACACUUGUCACAUCCCUGGGGUCCCGUGUAGAUAGAAAUGGAGAGGUGGGAUGCAAUGUGUUCUCUGAAAAUUGACUGCAUACCUACAUGGUGGGUGAGGCUAAGGGAAGAAAUGCCAGUGGAAGGUACAGGAAGCUAAGUAUACGUGGAAAUUCAUCAGGCUUAAGCUCUCAAACAAAUCACUUCCAGGAACAUUUGUGUGCAAAGACAAGAAGGGGAGAAAUUCUAUGUCCUGUGAACUCCUCUGAUGCCCAGGAAGACAUUCCUUCCUUUUUCUUAGCAAUGGCUCCAGGAAAUGAACGGAGAUGUAUGUGUUGUGUCUGUGUAUUCAUGUUCAUAUUUUGUCAAGGACUGAGACACAUACUAUUUUAUUCCCUUCCAGCUUCCUGGGAGCCCACUCUUGGUAACAAAAAAUAAUAAUAAUAAUUGAUAACCUUAACAAUUAAUGUGGACAACGGUUAAGGAAGAUUAUGAAUUAUUUUUCUAAAAAAGAAAGAAAAUGUGAUUCUUCUCAUCUCAAGGAAAUAACUUUGACAUGAAUAGCUUGGCCAAAGGCUUGAGUGUAACUUUGUCAAGAGUCUGAAUGGAAAGAGUACUAAUACCAGGUAGAAAAUCUUCCACAUAGACCUAUAUGACGAUGAGAAACACUGACAGCUAAAUAGCAAGAAUAUUUAGUAAGAUUCCUAUUUGGUUGUUUUAAUAGAAAUGCAUAAAAUAAUAGUUCCUUAAAUAAAAUUAAGCCUAUUUCUCUCUUAUGUAAGACCCAGCUGGUUUGAUAUCUCUGGUAAGUGAUAUUAUCAGAAACCCAGGUCCUCUUUUAUUGCACUUUCAUGCUAAUGCACAUCAUCUGUUUCAUGGUCCACCCUGGCUAUUGCAUCUUCUGCCAUCUUACUCUUAUGUAAGAUAGUGGAAAGGAAGCAAUGAGAAGUUGAUCAUAUUGCUUCUGAUCACAUUUCAUCGGCUAGAACCUAGACAUUAGUCAUAUCAGGCUGCAGAGAACACUACAAAAUGUAUUUAUUAUUUAUUCCAGGUGCCUGGUUAAGUAUGUGGACUCUUUUAUUUAAAGAAAUAUAAGGACUAUGGCAAAUUAAUACUUAUCAAACUGUUGUUUCCUGGCACAAAAGGAAACUGGAAAACAUUUCAAGUACUUUUCAAUGUCAUUUUUUUUCGUUUUUUAUUUAUUUAUUUAUUUAUUUUUUUACAAAGGGUGAAAUUAGGACUCAUCACUUUGGCACUGAAUGCUUUUCAGAACAUGCCACAUCUAGUAUCUCAUGUGGCCUUCUUCACAUUCCACGUCCUAAAGUCCAUUUCUAUUCUUAAUCACACGUGCUCGAUUUGAGUGAAGAUUCAGAGAGGCUGAAAUACCCUCCCCCCAAUUCUCAUUGAUGAGCAAGAACGCAGUUCAGAGCCCACUCUUUUGACGUCUUAGCAUUUCCAACUGCUCUAUGCUGCUUGGGCAUCAGGACUGGGAUUGUGAAUUGCACGAAUAUGAAAUCCAAAUCUUUAUUGAUUUCUUUCUUUCCUCACCUUGUGUGGAGCUGCAGUGGCCAAAAUAUGCCAAGGAGACUGAUCGAAUGGACUCUUAACUUCCCCCAGCACAGUGACUUCUUACUGGAAUAAAAUGCUCAGAUGGGCUGUUUUCAAGGGAGACUACAUGGCAGAUAGAUUCAGGGGAGACAAUUAAAUUCCUCCAGCUGGAUGCUGGCCCUAUUCCACCCCCACACUACCAAAGAUUGAGGCUGAGGGAAUAAAUUCAUCACUCCAUAGGGAAACUCGGUAUUCUGUUAAGAAAACUUCAGGGGUGACCAAUAGGACCCCGGUUUAUAAAAUAUCUCCCUUUCUCUACUUUGUCCUCAAGUCCCUAGCAAUCUAUCAGCCACAUGAUCAUUUAGCUUUUCUACAUUUUACUUGAUAUUAAAUGUGGUCCUUGACCUGUUUUCUGGAAAGAGAGAAUUCUUUAAGCCAUCAUGAAUUAGAAACUUUGCCAGAGAGUUUAUACGAAUUCUUCCCAACCAUGUCACAUAGCUGAGAAGAAGGUGUUGGACAAUGGAAUCAGGCAGAGGGGAGGGCUAGGGAUUACAUUGGUAACUAGAGAAGAAAAAUAGGGCUCAAGGAGGCAGGUCUCCCCAAGAUGGAAAUAUGGUGGACAAAAUGGGUGCCAGAUAACACUGAAAAUAGAAAAAUGGUAGAGAUGCAGUUUACAGCCUCAAGAUCAAGGGCAGGCUGAGAGUGUGUGGAAUUUCAUUCUUCUGGCUAUCUAAAACAACAGAGAAGUGGGUGAGGGUCUUGAGGUCCGAGCACAGGGAUGGCUGAGGGCCUCUGGGUUGAUGAAAGUAGAAGAGCUGAAUAAAGAGAGAGCUAGGUCAGACGUAGACAAGAGUAACCUGAUCUGAUAGCAGCUGCGGCUCCACUGUUUACCUUUCCAUCAUUACUGUGCCUGUCCUCAUCCCUGGAACCUCACAUGACAGCCUCUAUGCCAGGCGGCAGAGCUGGCUGUGCUUGGAGAUGCUCUGUAGUUCUGGUCACCUGGGGAGCAGGCAGUGGAUCCUUCUCCAGGCGCUCUUGGCUUCCCCUCUUCUCUUGUUUCUUCAACUCUUCUGGACACAAGGCAAUGUAUGCUCUGUUCUUACCACAUUUACUUGGACACAUCUGGAGGAAUCCCUGAAACCGAAUGAGCCAUUCUGACCAAAUGGGGCGAUUCUGAGACCUAUGUGUUUAGUGGCCUCAUAGGUGGAACAUGAACCCGUCCUCACAGCACAUUGACAGAACAAACCUUCCUUGCAGAGGUGCUAAGUGUCCUGGGGACAGGCUGAGCUGUGAAUACCAGCAGUAUCCACAAAACAGCAGCACCUGAACUUCUGGCAAAGACUGAGGGUGUCCUGGUGGAAUAUGGGACUUGAGCACGUGGAUAUACAGGUGUUUCUGGAGCCUGUGACCUAAAUUGUCUAUGGAAAAGACUGCAACGGUCAGCCUUCAGCUCACUGAUGAGGCCUCUGUGAGAUACCCCUUCUGCCUCACUGUGGGAACUCAUCAAAGGGCCAAAUGUCGGGGCUGAAAAUCCUCUGCUCUUUCUGUGGAAAUCAGUGCGCUGAAGGGGAAUUUUACAUGAUUUAGCCAUUGUCACAUUAGUCUUGCAUUUCUAUGUCAUAAUUUUGAACUAAUCAUGUGGUCAUCUUUUCCCUUUCCUCCUCUUUCUUUCUUUCUUCCUUUCUUUCAUUCUUUCUUUCUCUUUUGUUCUUUCUUCCCUCCCUCUCUCCUUCUUAUCCUCCUUCCCUCCCUCUCUUCCUUCUUUCCUCCCUUCCUUCCUCUUUCCUUCCUUCCCUCCUUCCUUCUUUCCUUCCUUCCUUCCUUUCCCCCAGAAACACUCUCUGGAUUUUGCUUGCAUCAUAGUUAUUUUUUAAUGUGUCAAAUUAAUGUUUGAAAGAAAAGCAACCUGAAUAUUUGGUGCCCCAUUUUAGAUGUAAACGUAGUUUAUUCAAUAGAUAGUAAAUUAUUUCUCCUAAGAGAUACUUCUUUUAAGUUUCUGUGCAAUAAUAUGUAUGAACUUGGUUAUUAGGAGAUUGUAUUGUGACAUUAUCAGCCUUUAUUGCUAUUUAAAAAUGAUAGUUUGUAGAACUGAGGAUUCCCAUUGAUGUGAAGCACAAUUUACUGAAUAAGUUAACGUAUUAAACUGUUGUGAUGUCAAGAA